CAGGCGACAGCAGCAGAGAUUGGUCUGGAAGGUACGAUGCGAUGCCUGGGCCUUGGCAGAGGAGUCAGUUUCGGAUCUCCGGGGCAGUGCUGGGCUUCUUGUGGUUCUCUGCUCUGCUGAAGGCGGCGCCUGAGUUUUCAGGUUACCUGCAGAAGGUCCUGAGGAAUCAGACUGCCCACGCUUGCGAUGGGGAACAGCUGACAGUCAUUUGCCCUCACAAAACCUCAAUCAGUGUCCUUUCUGCAUUCUACGGGCGCCGGGUGCCCAGUCAAAACCUCUGCCCAGCCCCAGGAGAGCUCACCUUCGAGAACACCGAUUGUGUAUCUGUUACAGCUCGCCAGAAACUGAUGGAUGAGUGCCAAGAUCAGCGCUGGUGUCAUUUCUCCGUCCACAGUCGUGUAUUUGGGCCAGAUCCAUGUCCAGGAACACACAAGUACUUGGUAGUUUCAUAUAAAUGCAGGCCAGCUAACCACCGCCUCAAGACGGCGUGCGAAAAUGACAAAUUGAGGCUGCAGUGUCGGAAUAAAUCUGUCCUGGCCAUCUACUCCGCAGUCUACGGGAGGCCCCUGCGUGGGAAGCAGGAGUGUGACUCUGCGAAUGGGACUGCCCCAAAUAUAGAAUGUCUGGCUCCCGAUGCGCUGAGGAAAGUCUCCCGAAGAUGUCACCGGAAGGAGAACUGCACUGUUGUUGCCAAUAAAGCCACCUUUGGGGACCCCUGCUUCCCCGGAGUGAAGAAGCAGCUCAGAGUGUCCUAUACUUGUGUGCCAAGGCAGCUGCUGGAAGAGGUGGGCCGUGAUUCCCAGGAAGACCCCUUCUCGAUCUCGGACUACACACAUGGUGGCUGGUACACUGGGCCAAGGCUGGCCAGGCUUCAAGAAAAUCUGAUAUUUACUAGCUCUCUGGAAACUUUUGCCCAUGUCUGGGGCGUUCCUGAGAAGGUGGGUUUCUAUUUCCUGUGUGGUGUUUCGGUGGGCCUGGUGUUUCUUCUCCUCCUCUUUGCCCCCAAAGCGGACUUAUGGCAAGACUUAAAGAAGUCCUUCAAAGGCAAAGAGCUGAGCAGCAGUUUAGAAUUGGAGCAAACCAAGUUCCGAGAUGAACAAGAGGACGAUAACCAGGACGACAACUCCUCGGACUCCUCUUUCCGCCGCCUCACCCAGACUUACUGUAAUUCCAACAACAUCUUUGGGCCGGAGCUGACCGCAGCCCUGGAAGGAGCAGCUGACCAGAGAAACCAUAAGGGAGAUGAGAUCUGGAUACCCAAGGAGUCCAGCCCGUACGCCAUUCACAAAAUUAAGUCAGCCACCAAGUGAG